CGGUGUUCCUUCCGAGCCUCUAUCUCCGGGCUAACGCCUCAAACUAUUCCCGUUCUGACCGACAACCGCUGGGAAACCUCGCCGCUCGACUGCGCGGCCCUGGGUUGGGAAUUCCGGGAGAACGGGCUAAGGGCAGUUUCGAGACAGCCCAUUCUCGAGAUGGGGAAUUGCCGGGGUUUUUCUGGCAUUAUUUGAUUGCUCCCCCCGGCUUCUGUUGUGCCCCUCACUCAGCCCUUGAGAGAGUACCCCCCCUCCUUGGACUGUCUUCCUCCCUGUCGCUUCCAUCCGAUGUCUGAGAAGCCAGCAAAACCUGGCUUGACCAGGAAGAGUGCCUUCUCCUGUGAAGCAUGUCGCAAACGCAAGGUCAAAUGCAAUGGAGCCAAUCCUUCCUGCUCGCGAUGCGCCGCCCGUGGGGAAACCUGCAUAUAUAGCCUAACGCCCACCCUGUCCUACACAAAAACCCUUGAAGCUCGCGUGGCUGAGCUCGAAACAGCCCUCGCAAAUCUACAGGGCGGGACUGGGAAUAUUGAUGGAGGACUAGGACAGGAAAUUUCACAACAACAUCAGCAGCAGCAAAUGCAUGUCGACGAGCCGCGGGAGAAUUUAUUGAGAACUGGCGUGUCCCACGGCGUCGACAACAUCGAGCAUAUCCCGUCAGAUUUGGCUAGAGGCAUUGACAGGUUGAAAAUUGGAGAUGAUGGGCGCAUCUCUAUUUACGGCCCAACCAGCCUAUUCCAGCUGCCCAGCAGUCUUGCGCCUGAGGAAGCGAACCCAUUGUUGCCCGCCGCUGCAGAGCUCGAUAGCCGAAAGGAACGCCUCAUCAACAAUGCAUGGAGGGAGAGGGCUUUUGAACAGUUGGCCACCAUACCAGUAAGAGGACGCAGACUAAAUGACCCGUUUCAAUAUCUGCUCGAUUCGCAUUGGUGUUGGAUACACCCGCUUUACAACUUCGUUUAUCGACCGGCAUUUACACGUGACAUGAAAAUGAAUGGCCCGUAUUUCUCUGAGAUUUUGUUGAAUGCAAUCCUAUCUCAUUCAAUGAGAUGGUGCAAGGAUGAGCUAAAAAUCACCAAAUAUAUCGACGCGUCCAGCGGCGGAACCCAGUUUUUCGAUCAGGCCUGUUCCGGUUUAUUCAACACUCUGAAGGCGGGCAAUGGCCAGAUACCUAUCGUGCAAUCACUGCUCCUCUUAAGCGCACAAGAAUGUGGCCGGGGCAACACUACGCAGGCCUGGGUAUACAGCGGUAUGGCAUUUAGGCUAGUCGAGGAUCUGGGUAUCACUAUUGACAGCAGGAAGUAUUCUGGCUCUGUACAGUUCUCCGAUGAGGAUAUCGAGGUUCGAAAUCGUCUCUUUUGGAGUUGCUACUUUUGGGACAAAUUAGUUUCUCUUUAUUUUGGCAGAUCUCCUAUCAUUCAAGAUACACCUGUCAGCCCGCCACGGAUAUUAUUGGAUGACACGGCCGAAAUUGAGAUAUGGACACCUCAUGGUAUUGUCUUCCCCGAAGGCACACACUAUCCACCAACACAGGCCUAUGCAACGUCAUGUUUUAUGAAGAUGUGCUCUUUAACGGAAAUCCUCAACCAGAUUAUAAUCCACGUAUACGACCCGAUCCGCAAAAGCACAGAGGCUGAAUUUCAAACCUGCGUGGGUCAACAGAGCCGCAACCUUGAAGAAUGGUGGGACGAGCUACCCGUGUUUCUAAAACUCAUCGUCGACUAUCUCCCGCCCUACUCUCCGCCAAGCCAUAUUGUUACGUUGAACUGCGUAUACCACACGACAAACAUUCUCCUGCACAGACCAACCCUCUGUUCGAGACCAUUCAGGGGUUCAGCCCAAGUGACUAGCAACGCGAAGCCACUUGUCAAGUGCAUAUCAUCCGCUACGUCUAUAAUCACCCUCUUCGACCUCUACCGACGCACUUUCGGAGACGGACAUGUCGUUUUAUCUCUGGCGUACAGCAUUUAUACUGCGGCAUCAAUAUUCUUGCUUGAGAUGCAGGCAUUGAGAUAUGCAUCCCCAUCAACACUGGACAAAUUGAGAUUCUGCAUAGCUGCUUUAACCCGGGUUACAGCCUCUAAUCCUGUGAUAAAAACUGCCCUAAAGCUAAUCGAACAAGAACUCGAAAAACUUGGUAUCGACAUCCGCGACCCAUCAGCAGACGCCAAGAAAUCCCACAACGACAACUCCACUAACUCGCCUUCCUCCUCGUUGCCAACCUCCCAGUCCCCGUAUCCUUACGCCGUCCCGUCACAUGGUGCAUUCAGCUUCGCCCCUCCCCCGCUGACAACUCAGUCUGGCGUUGGUGAAGACCCUUUUCGCAUUCUCGCGGAUGCGGACCCGUCCUUGGUGAUACCGGAUUCGCUGAAACAGGAAGGAGUGUAUGACAUUGCGCCGGAGCUGUUUGAGGCGUUUUCGUAUGUGGAGCCGUUGUCGGCUAAUAUGGGUGGGGAAUUUUAUCCCGGGUGGGAGGAUGGGGAGGGGAUAUGAUUUAUAUAUAUUUCUUUGCACUUUUAUUUUAUAUCCAUGGAUAUUCUAUAUCGUUGCGCUGGUGGCAUUACUGGUUUAUUUUGUGAUAGAGAGCUUCCCCUCGCUAUUUCAUGUCUUUUUUUCCCCCCUUCCCGUCAUUCCCUUCCUUGUUGUGUUGAUUUCUGAAAGUUAUUUAUGGCGCGAAACCUGAGCGAUUGCUUUUCUGCUUUGUCCUGACCUGUUUAUUUUCCAAGAUUGCGUUUUCAGGAGUUGGAUAUAGUCUCCCUUGGUAACAUGUACAUACAUGUACAUGUACAUUACAUUACAUAGUAGAUGUAUAUUAGAAAAUCUACUACACAGUUUAGAAAACCUAGAAAUAUGUAUAUAUUUAUUGUGCA